AUGUCGAAGAACACAUCUCUCGAAGACGAUGACGAAGCCCUGCCAAUCUCCGAAGUAACCAAGAGACUCAAGCGUUUGAGGCUCGUCUUGGAGCCGUCACUGGGAAUCUUGGGGUUUUUCUUCGUGGGUCUGUGCUUAGUCUUGAGCUUCUUCUACCUCGAUUACAGAACAGUUGCGAAAACCAAAAGCUUCGACCUUUCGGAUGAUUCUGAGAGAUUCCUCUGGCUCAAGGAGCUCGAUUUUGGGUCUGGAGAUCGCUACACGAGCGAAAACAGAGCUGGGUUUCUUGAAGAGAGUGGGAAUGGCUGUGAUUUGCUAGAUGGGAAAUGGGUUUGGGACGAAUCGUAUCCCUUGUAUCAAUCCAAAGAUUGCGCCUUUCUCGAUGAAGGUUUCAGAUGCACUGAGUUUGGGAGACCUGAUUUGUUCUACACCAAGUGGAGAUGGCAACCUACAAACUGUAAUUUGCCCAGAUUUGAUGCGUUGUUGAUGCUGGAGAAGCUAAGGAACAAGCGGCUGGUGUUUGUAGGAGACUCGAUUGGAAGAAACCAAUGGGAGUCUCUUCUCUGUAUGUUAUCUUCUGCAGUCAAGAACAACAAUUCCGUCUACGAAGUGAACCAUAAACCCAUCACAAAGCACAUGGGCUUCUUUGUGUUCAAGUUUCUUGACUACAACUGCACCGUUGAAUACUACAGAGCUCCGUUCUUGGUUCUCCAAAGCCGUCCACCUAGAGGCUCACCAGAGAAGGUGAAGACGACUCUUAAGCUAGAGACCAUGGACUGGAGUGCUGACAAGUGGAGAGACGCGGAUGUGUUAGUGUUUAACACAGGUCACUGGUGGAACUACGAGAAAACCAUUCGCGGAGGUUGUUACUUUCAAGAAGGAGCAAAAGUGAACAUGACUAUGAGAAUAGGUCAUGCGUAUAGACGAGCUAUGAAGACUGUUGUGAAAUGGAUACAAGAAGAGGUUGAUUCAAACAAAACUCAAGUCUUCUUCCGCACAUUUGCACCUGUGCAUUUCAGAGGAGGAGAUUGGAGAACAGGAGGAACGUGUAAUAUGGAGACGCUCCCUGAUUUUGGAGCGACUCUGGUUCCACCAGAGACAUGGGAUCAUAUAAAGCUCCUUCAAGGCGUCUUGUCGUCGUCUCUUUACUACUCGAACAGGACAGAGGCGGUUGUGAAACUGAACCUGUUGAACAUAACAACCAUGGCUGCUCAGAGAAACGAUGGUCAUCCUUCGCUGUACUACUUGGGCUCGGCUGGUCCUGCACCGGUUCACAGGCAAGACUGCAGCCAUUGGUGUCUCCCUGGAGUUCCUGAUUCGUGGAAUGAGCUUCUCUAUGCGAUGUUUCUUAAGCGUCAAGGCUAUUCAAUAUCAAACAGUAGCGAUUCAGACAAGUUUACAUAA